AUGUAUAUGGCAACCGAAGCCCAAUGCAAAAAUCGAGACAUUCUGGUUCCACAGGACCCUAAAGAAAUAAUUAUUCUCCAGAUCUCUGUUCGAGAAUUAUUACCGGUUGAAGAUGGUCGGGAGGACGCACGCUCUCGUCACAGCGCCGUCAUGCCAUUAAUGGAUAAACUCGUCCCACAGAAGCUCAUUCAUCAUAGUGCUCAUGUCCCGCACCUCAAAACCAACACCACAGUAGCCCCCCAAACCACAAUACCAGCACUCGGCAACGGCCCAGAUACCACGAUACCACCUCCCUCCAGUAGCCUCCAAAUACCUCAAUACCAACGCCUACAUCAACCCCCCAAGCAUCAAACCAACACCACACCUCAAAACCAACACUCCACAGUAGCCCCCCAAAAAACUACAAUACCAGCACUCGGCAACGGCCCAGAUACCACGAUACCACCUCCCUCCAGUAGCCUCCCAAAUACCUCAAUACCAACGCCCUCUACAUCAACCCCAAGCCUCAAAACCAACACUCCACACCUCAAAACCAACACUCCACAGUACCCCCCCAAACCACAAUACCAGCACUCGGCAACGGCCCAGAUACCACGAUACCACCUCCCUCCAACACACCCCCGAAGACCGCAUAGCCCCACCGCCGAAGAAAUGACACACGACUGA